UCCCAUAAAGUCUCAUGGUGCAUGGGAUAUAUGAUAUUUUUGUAAGCUUUUACAUAAGUGUACCUACUAAAGAAUUCAUGACAAUACUCCUCAAUAUUCUCUCUUCUCCAUGUAAUACAUAUUGCUGCAUGCUUACAUGGCACACCAGUGAGUUACCAUUCCCUGCAACAGCAAGUUCUGCUAUGAAGAUUGACAAUAUAUUUGAAGAUUCUUCCAUUACUAGACAGAGGGUGGUCCUUGUCAGAUGAAGAGAUUGAAAUGCUUCAAACAGAUGUAGAUGUACUGACUUCAAAACUAGAGACACUAAAAACAAAAUUAGAUGAACUUAACGAGAAACGUGCAUAACAUAUUAGUAACUACCAAGUUGGGUUAGUGGAAAUGGAGAUUAAAAAUGCGUUUUUAAGUGCCACAAUAGAUGAUCCUGCCAUUGCUAAAGUAGAUGAAGAAAUUAUUAGUGACUACCAUAUUGGGGUAAUGGAAGUGGAGAUUAAAAAUGCAUCAACAGAUAAGAAGGCGUUUUUAAGUGCCACGGGAGAUGUUCUUGACAUUGCUAAAGCAGAUGAUGAGGAGAUUAUACUACUUCAAGCAGAGAUAUAUGAAAUGACAACAAAAUUAGAGUCGGUAACAAAAAAAUUGGAUCAACUUAAGCAUAUUGAAGGUAUACCUUCAUUUGGCACGAAGUUAUCUUUAUAUGUUCUUGACGAUUGUGAUGAGGUGGCCGAAGAAGACUCCAGUGUGGAAAGUGAAGAGGUUGAAGAAGACUCCAGUGUGGAAAGUGAAGAAGAUCAGGAGAGUGAUGCUACAUUCACCAUCUCUGCUAAGCAAGAUAAAGCAAUAGAGGCAGUCAAGAAAAAACGUGCAGAGCUAGAUAAAGAAAAAGAGGCACUCAAUAAAAAACUUGCACAGCUAGAUAAAGAAAAAAAGGCACUUAAGAAAAAAGGCGCAAGGUUAUCUUUGGAUGUUCUUGACUACUCUAACGAGGUGGCUGAAGAAAACUAUAAGGAGAGUGAUGAUACAUUCACCACCCUUUCUGAGCAAGAUCAAGCAAUAGAGGCAGUCAAGAAAAAACGUGCACAGCUAGAUACAGAAAUAAAGAAAAAACGUGCACAGCUAGAUAAAGAAAUAAAGAAAAAAGGUGCACAGCUAGAUAAAGAAAUAGAGCCACUCAAUAAAAUAGGUGCACGGCUAGAUGAAGAAAUAAGGGCACUCGAGGAAAAAUGUGAACGCAUUAUCUCAAGUAUUGUGCGCAAAUGAGGAGUCUUCUACUGGUUUCAGCAUUGAGUCACUGUGCUAAGGUCUGUGGUGUGAUGUUAGAAAUGGGACAUCUUGGUAGUUUUGUUAAGAAGUUAGAUUGUUAGCUUAUGGGUACUUUAACAAUCAGCAUGUAACUUUGGAUAGUAAGGCCUUGUGGAUCCAUAACACCAUCUUGACUUGCGCAUUUUCACUUUGUGUUUGAGUAUGAAAUAUUGUAUAUAUGUAUCACCGGAGGUAUCUUUUCCUAUUUGUAUGUUUUGUGUUUGUGCUAUUGAUAUGAAGAUGAUGAUGCAUUUGUCAAAGGCUUAAAGCUAAAAACUUUGUUCUGUUAA